UGUUGCGCAACCGCGGAAUCCUUACCAGUUGACUCAUGCUGUCCCGGACCCAAUGGACCUGCUUCGUACGUGUCGUCCAUUUUGAAGCUCACAUUGUAAUAAACUUGUUGCAGGGAGUCUUGUGUCUCGCUGAACACUGCAACCGAUCAUGUCCAGUGCAACAGCGAGUCCAUCAAAAUAUCGGUUUCAAGCAAUGGUGACCCGUGCGCUGAAGGAACCACAGGUGUGAUAGUGCAAGACGAAUGCAUGAAAGCAGAACAAACGAUCACAUCUGGGACUUGUCAUUCAAACAUCGCCCAGACCCCAUGUCAGACGGAGAAUCAAGACAAAAUCUCAUCUGCUGCUGGCACGACAUGUUGUACGCGGGAGUCUUGUGACCCUAGCUCAAAACCGUCACAUGAUUGUGGGGCAUGUUCAGCUACCACUGGGCCCAAUGACUGUCUUUCGGCCGAUGAACACUUGAAAACUGCUGCAACCGACUGCGUACAUAAAUGUUGCUCAACCACGGAUUCUUCAUCAGUCGAAUCAUGUUGUCCUGAACCCAAGGAAACGUGUCCUUCAGAGCCCUGUGUCCCACUGAAUGCGGCAAACGGUCAUGUCCAGUCCGACACUGACGUUGCCGAAAAAUCGGUUUCAUGCAAUGGUGAACAUUCUGCACCAUGUGCUGAGGGAACCCCAUGUGCAAUACUGCGAAAAGACGAUUGCAUGAAGGCAGAAACAACAGUCACAUCUACGAUUUGUCAUUCCAACAUCACCCAAACUUCAUGUCGAACGGAGAAUCAAGACAAUACUUCAUCUGCUGCUGGCACGAAGCGAUGUUGUACGCAGGAGUCUGUGUGUGACACUAGCUCAAAACUAAUAGACGAUUGUGGGGCAUGUACAGCUACCACGGCGCCCAAUGAUUGUCUCUCAACCGAUGAACAGUUGAAGAAAACUGCUGCAACCGAUUGCGCUCAUGAAUGUUGCUCAACCACGGUCGAAACAUCUUGUACUGAACCCAAGGAACCGUGUACGUCGUACGUAUUUUACAUUUCAAGGCUUUACACUGUAAUAAAGUUCUUGCAGAGAGCCCUGUGUCUCGCAGGAUACAGCAACCGGUGAACAGUUGAGAAAAACUGCUGCAACCGAUUGCGCUCAUGAAUGUUGCUCAACCACGGACUCCUCACCGGUCGAAACAUCUUGUACUGAACCCAAGGAACCGUGUACUUCAG